AUGACAGACCACCAACCACCUCCUGCACCUAACACCGUUCUGAACCCCAAGUACGCCCAGUCACCACCGCCAAUACCGCACCCUCAGCCAUACCCCCCCAACCAUGUCGACCGUCGGACCGUAAUUCUUAACUCAUGCGGCCCACCUUCACGCCAAAACCAAACCAUAACCCCCCCCCCCCAAAAAAACCCCCCCCAGGGGGGGGGGGGGGGGGGGGGGGGGGGGGGGGGGGGGGUGGGGGGGGGGGGUGGGGGGUGGGGGGGGGGGGGGGGGGGGGUGGGAGGGGGGGGGGGGGGGGGGGGUGGGGGGGGGGGGGGGGGGGGGGGGGGGGGGGGGGGGGGUGGGGGGGGGGGGGGGGGGGGGUGGGGUGGGGGGGGGGGGGGGGGUGGGGUGGGGGGGGGGGGGGGGGGGGGGGGGGGGGGGGGGGUGGGGGGGGGGGGGGGGGGGGGGGGGGGGCGCACACCCAACCCCCCACGCACGGCCCGUCCGGGAACCGCCCACCUAGCGCCCCACGCUCGCCCCGGCGGCGACCUACCCCCGACCCCCCCUAGUACCCCAGCCCCCCCUCGCCCACACCCGGCGCCGGGGCCCCCCACACCGCGGCCCUACCCCAGACCAAACGCUCACCCCUACCGCCACCCUGUCGAGCUCCCCGCCCCCGCAACCGGCACCCCACCCGCGCCCCACGCACGUACGCCCCCGACCGGGAGAGCCCUCGCGGCGGACCCCGCGGGUCCCCCCUAA